AUGAUAAGCGUACUGGGGACUGUGGUGGCGACGCUUGCCCUCAUCUAUGAUAGUCAUCUCGGUAGGCCGUUUAAGCUCCCGUUCAAGAACUCGAACAGGGGUCUCGAAUUGACUGACCCCUCGGAUAUCAUUCGCUAUGGAGUACCUGUGACAAAAAGCUAUGCCUUUUCCCUGGAGCUUCCUUGGCAGGUCUACGGGAGGGAGCCGGGGAAUCACCUCGCCGAGGCGCUUCUUGGGAUCUACGAAUGGACGUCUCGCGACGACGCCAAGCGCAUUGAGCGUCACUUCUCGGACUUGACCUCCAAGGCCCUGCACUUGGACCAGAUGCGGAGGUUGGAGCCGCGGGCUCAUCGUACCUUUGUGCUCUCACUCCUUGAAGGUGUUACUGACUCGAAACGUAAGGCUCGACGACUGUUCCAAGCCUUCGAGAAGACGCAGGUCUUAGAUCCCUAUCUGAUCAAGAACGAUGCAGUGGUGAAGCGACGGCUGAGAACAGUUAAGAAGGGACAAGACGACAGGUUGAUGGUCCUUGCUCGCAUGCACAUCGACAAACUCGACGACGAGCUCCGCGUCCACGCCUUCGAUCACCUGGACCCGCCGUUUGCUCAGUUGAAGGCGUGGAAGAUGGUGUUGAGGAGCCUCAUCUGCUCCUACGGGCGUCUCACUACCGAGGUCGGUCUGGCUGCUCGGGCAGACGCGGACUCUUUGGAGGCGCACUACGUGGAGAGGGUGGCGCGGUUCAACGACGGUUUGAGGUUGUACACACCGAACCUGCACGUCGGCUACAGCGGGAGCAACCGCAUGUCAGACAACGAUCAAGAUAUCGACGGCUUGAGCGAAAAGUUUGCGUCCCUCAGAACCCAAGUUUUUCAAUUGAAGGAAUUACCUCAACUUCUGCAACAUGAACCCACUAUCCCCUCAUUUUUGAUACCCGAGGCUAUUGGGCAGUCUAUGGAACUCAACGGCAGGAAGGAUGCUUUACAAUGCAUAGUCGGAGGGUUCGCAGAUCAGUACGCAGAAACAGCAAUCCCACGGAACAGAGAGGGGCAUCCGAUCUACGUCGUCGCCAGCGCCCCCGGCAUGGGAAAAACUCGCCUCCUCACUGAACUUCCUCGAGCGAUCAAUGACGGCUACUCGGACGUACAUCCCGCUGUGUACAUCGUCUCUUACAACAAUGGUCAAACACCGACAAAGUACGAUGUUGAAUUUCCAAUCCCAUGUCUGGUGCUGCGACUUCUCUAUUUCAAUUAUCCCGAUAUCUAUCGCAAGUUUGAGUCAUUCUCCCAUUUUGCGCAGUCAAUAUUCGACAAUUGGGAGGAACAACGCAUCCGAAAACUCGACCUCGGUUUCUUCAUCGUACGGCGGCCCGACCCGUUCUCAUUGCCAUAG